AUGGAGAGAAAGCCUCUCGAAGUUGAGUCCACCGAUCACCAGAAACCUUCCUCCGCCGUGUAUGAUGGCUCUGUUACGGCGGUUGAUUCUGUUGAGGAGACUAAAGUCGUUUAUAGAGGCUGGAAAGUCAUGCCCUUCAUCAUUGGAAAUGAGACGUUUGAGAAGCUUGGGAUCAUUGGAACACUAUCAAACCUUCUGGUUUACUUAACUGCUGUCUUCAACAUGAAGAGUAUCACAGCUGCAACAAUCAUCAACGCCUUUAGUGGCACAAUCAACUUCGGAACCUUCGUUGCUGCUUUCCUCUGCGACACUUACUUUGGUCGUUACAAGACACUAACCGUCGCGGUCAUCGCAUGUUUUCUUGGAUCAUUUGUGAUACUAUUAACUGCUGCAGUACCACAACUACAUCCAGCUCCAUGUGGAACAGCCCUCACAUGUACAGGACCAAGUGGUGGCCAGAUAGCCUUUCUACUAAUGGGUCUUGGCUUUCUUGUAGUGGGAGCAGGUGGGAUCAGACCAUGUAAUCUUGCUUUUGGUGCUGAUCAGUUUAACCCCAAGAGUGAGUCAGGGAAGAGAGGGAUUGAUAGUUUCUUCAACUGGUACUUCUUCACCUUCACCUUCGCGCAGAUCUUGUCACUGACACUAGUUGUCUACAUCCAGUCUAACGUCAGUUGGACCAUCGGUUUAACCAUCCCGGUCGUGUUAAUGUUCUUGGCCUGUGUGAUCUUCUUUGCGGGUGAUAAGUUGUAUGUCAAGAUCAAAGCCUCAGGUAGUCCAUUGGCUGGUAUAGCUCAAGUUAUAACGGUUGCUAUCAAGAAACGUGGUUUAAAGCAUGUGAAGCAGCCUUGGCUUAACCUUUACAACUACUACCCAACAAACUAUGCAAACUCUAAGCUCAAGUACACCGACCAGUUCAGGUUUCUUGAUAAGGCAGCAAUCUUGGCUCCUGAAGACAAGUUGGAAGCUGAUGGUAAGCCAACUGAUCCAUGGGAGCUAUGUACAAUGCAACAAGUUGAAGAAGUGAAGUGCAUUGUGAGAGUGCUUCCUAUAUGGUUUGCUUCAUCUAUCUACUACUUGACCAUCACGCAACAAAUGACUUACCCCGUCUUCCAAGCCCUCCAGAGCGAUCGUCGCUUAGGUUCAGGAGGAUUUGUGAUUCCUGCAGCCACCUAUGUGGUCUUCUUGAUGACAGGAAUGACUGUUUUCAUCAUAAUCUACGACCGUGUCCUCGUGCCUACCUUGAGAAGAAUCACCGGUGUAGACACUGGAAUCACUCUCUUACAGAGAAUAGGAACUGGUAUCUUCUUUGCAUUUUUGAGCUUGAUAGUGUCUGGUUUUGUUGAGGAAAGGAGGAGAACGAUUAUGUUUUCUACUUCUGGUCAUUCUCCUCAUCACACAACAUAA